AAUCUGCACGAACUUUCUCGAUCGUGUAACCUCAAGAGUGGGGGAAAGUGGGAUCAAAAUGCCCCCGAUGGCGUAACAAUAGUGUCCCAAUUUGUCAUGCGACUUCUUCAUCAGAUAGCUACGUAAUAAGCCCAAAGGUAUAAUUAUUAGGUUCAUGUCUGCAUAUGAAGCUUCAUUGUUCUUACCACAUCAAACAUACCUAGGAAGGAACCAUCGUGAAUUAUCCUUCCUCAAACUUCGUCAUAGUUUCGAAUCUUCCCUACCUAUUCAUACCUCUCCCAUACUAAAUAUUUAGGAACCAAUUUUACACUUUUGAGAAUGGCCCCCAAGAUCUUCCUCACCGGUGCCACAGGCUACAUUGGCGGCGAUGCUCUCUACUCGCUAGUCAAAGCGCACCCGGAAUACGAGUAUACCUUGCUGGUGCGGAACGAGGAGCGGGGCAAACCCGUAGCAGCGGCCUACCCCAAUGCCCGUCUAGUCUAUGGGACCCUAGACGAUUCCGAAGUCAUCGAAAAAGAAGCUGCUGCCGCGGAUAUUGUAGUUCACACUGCUGACUCAGCCGACAAUGUGCCGUCGGCCCGUGCCAUCGCCAAGGGUCUCGCAGCCGGCCACAGCGCUGAGAAACCAGGUUACUGGAUUCAUCUGUGCGGGACCGGCAUUCUAACCUGGUAUGACGCGACGCACGAGCGCUAUGGGCAACCACCCCUACCCGAGCAGAAGUACCACGACAUCGACGACAUUGAUCGCAUUCUCAACUUACCGGAUACUGCUAUUCACCGCGACGUUGACAAGAUUGUGAUCGCCGCGAACGACAACCCCGCUGUCAAGACGCUGAUUGUAGGACCCCCUACUAUUUACGGCGUGGGUCGCGGUCCGACCAACCAACGCAGUAUCCAGGUCCCUGGGAUCAUCGAGUACACGCUCAAUCACGGAUACGCGCCAAUCCAGGCUCCUGGGUUAACCGAGUGGGACAACGUGCACGUACAUGAUCUGGGUGCAUUCUACGUGCUGGCUGUCGAGGCCGCGCUCGACCCCUCCAAGAAUAGCAACCCUGAGAUCUUCGGACCCAAGGCGUAUUUCUUCCUCAACAACGGCGUGCAUAAGUGGAGUGAAGUGUCACAGUGGGUUGCUGCAGAGGCCGCAAAACAGGGUCUUAUUCCAGAACCGAUCACUAAAGAGAUUGACAUCCCGAAGUUGGGCACCAACUCGAAGAGCGUAGCGGUGAGAGCCAAGAAAUAUCUCGGCUGGGAGCCUAAGAGCCCGAGCUUGAAGGAUGAGAUCGCCGGCGGCGUAGCUGCCGAGGCGAAGAAGUUAGGAAAAGCUUAAGCUGGGGUAAAAUGCUAUAUUCGUGAGGAUAGCUUAACCUUUUCCCACAAUAAGUUGGUGAUAAUUGUUGAUAAGCUAGCAAUAUCCGAAUACAAGCGUUAAUGCGAUGUAUUUAGCAUUUCAUGUAGCUUCCUAAUCUAAUAUUGGCUAAUAAGUCGGAGGAACCAACUA